UAGUGACAGGCACCCAUGUUUUGCAGGGUAAGUGUCCUGGUGGGUGCUCCCAAAGCUAAUACUACGCAGCCGGAUAUCCAGGAAGGAGGAGCGGUGUAUUACUGUCCUUGGCCAGCUGCUGAAUGCAAGCAGAUUCCCUUUGAUACUACUAACAAUAGAAAAAUCAAAGUCAAUGGCACCAGGGAACCUAUUGAGUUUAAGUCAAAUCAGUGGUUUGGAGCAACAGUCAAAGCUCAUAAAGGAAAAGUUGUGGCUUGUGCUCCCUUAUAUCAUUGGAGGACCCUUAAAGCCACCCCUGAAAAAGAUCCAGUUGGCACCUGUUAUGUGGCUAUUCAGAACUUCAGUGCAUAUGCUGAGUAUUCUCCUUGUCGCAACACUAAUGCAGAUCCUGAAGGACAAGGUUUCUGUCAAGCAGGCUUCAGCUUAGAUUUUUACAAGAAUGGGGACCUUAUAGUAGGAGGACCUGGGAGUUUUUACUGGCAAGGUCAAGUAAUCACCACAAGCAUUGCAGAUAUCAUUAAGGACUAUUCAUUCAAGGAUAUUCUAAGGAAACUGACAACAGAAAAGCAGACUGGAGUGGCACCGCCCAUAUAUGAUGACAAUUACCUGGGAUACUCAGUGGCUGCAGGGGAAUUUACUGGAGACCUUGAACAAGAGUUGGUUGCUGGAGUGCCCAGAGGAGCACAGAACUUUGGCUAUGUUUCAAUUAUUAAUUCUACAGACUUGACCUUUAUUCAGAAUUUCACUGGUGAACAGAUGGCAUCUUACUUUGGGUACACUGUCGCAGUGUCGGAUGUUAACAGUGACGGUUUAGAUGACAUCCUAGUUGGCGCCCCUCUCUUUAUGGAGCGUGAAUUUGAGAGUAAACCUAAGGAAGUAGGGCAAGUUUACCUAUACUUGCAGGAAAGUGCCUUCUACUUCCGAGAUGCACAGAUUCUGUCAGGCACUGAAGUGUUUGGUAGAUUCGGCAGUGCAAUUGCUCACCUUGGAGAUCUCAACCAGGAUGGAUUUAAUGACAUUGCAAUUGGUGCACCAUUUGCAGGAGAAGACAGAAGAGGCAAAGUGCUCAUUUACAAUGGACACCGGAAUGGGUUAAAUGCUAAUCCUUCACAGGUUCUCAAUGGGGUCUGGGCCUCACAGUCCAUGCCUGCGGGAUUUGGCUUUACUCUAAGAGGAGACUCAGACAUAGACAAGAAUGAUUACCCAGAUUUAAUAGUAGGUGCAUUUGGAGCUGGAAAAGUAGCUGUUUACAGAGCAAGGCCUGUUGUGACAGUGGAUGCUCAGCUCAUGCUGUACCCAAUGAUUGUAAAUCCAGACAAUAAAACUUGUCUGCUUCCUGACUCUAUGAUUAUGGUGGCCUGCUUUACUGUAAGAGUUUGUGUGGCUUUUGAAGGUCAAAGUAUUUCAGAUAAAAUUGCACUGCAAGCUGAAUUGCAAUUAGAUUCAUUGAAACAGAAAGGAGCUGUUAAAAGGACCCUCUUCUUUGAUUACCAUCAGUCACAUCGUUUCUUCCCCAUUGUGAUAGAAAGACAAAAAAUGCACCAUUGCCAGGACUUCAUUGUUUACCUCCGAGAUGAAACAGAAUUUCGAGAUAAAUUAUCUCCCAUCAGUGUUAGUUUGAAUUACAGCUUGGAUGAAUCCACUUUUGUAGAUGGUCUAGCUGUGAAACCAAUACUGAACUAUUAUCAAGAAAGCACUCUUAAGGAGCAGGCUUACAUUCUGGUGGAUUGUGGAGAAGACAACAUGUGCAUUCCUGAUUUGAAACUUUCAGCUGAACCAGAUAAAGAUCAACUAAUCAUUGGAGAAGAAAAUUGUGUCAUGCUCAUAAUAAAUGCACGGAAUGAUGGGGAAGGAGCCUAUGAAGCUGAGCUUCAUAUAAAGAUCCCACCUGAAGCAGAUUACACAGGCAUUGAACGAAACCACAAGGCACUACGUGUAUUGAGCUGUGACUACAAGAUGGAAAAUGAAACUAGAAUGGUGGUUUGUGACCUUGGAAAUCCCAUGGUGGCUGGAACAAAUUUCUCUACUGGCAUCCGAUUUUCCGUUCAGCAUUUUGAAAAUGCCGAUUUCAGCAUCAAGUUUGAACUGCAAAUAAAAAGUUCUAAUAAGGUUAAUCCCACCAGCAAUUUGGUUAACCUUCAAAUCAACAUCAGUGUGAUGGCGCAAGUACAGAUCAGAGGAGUGUCUCAUCCUCCACAAAUUGUUUUGCCACUUCACAACUGGGAGCCUAAAGAUCAGCCUACCAAAGAAGAGGAUGUUGGCCCUUUAGUAGAACAUAUAUAUGAGCUGCACAACAUUGGACCAAGUGCUAUCAAUGAGACAUUACUCCAUGUUGGAUGGCCUGCCUGCAAUCAAGAGGAGUCUCUUCUUUAUGUCUUUCAUAUUCAGACACAUGGCCCAUUGCAAUGUCAAACAAGCUCUGCUAUCAAUAUAUUGCAAAUAAAGUUUGCUAUUCCACCGGACACGCCGGAACUCACUGCUUUUUUACAUAACUCCACUGUUCCUCACUAUGUUGGACGGAGAGAUGUCACCAUGGUGGAACCGCAAAGAAAGAGCCAUUCAAAAAUAUUGAACUGUACAAAUGUGAAGUGUUUAAUGAUCUCAUGUACAGUGGAAGCACUAAAAAUCAGAUCUCGGUUGUGGGCCCAAACUUUUCUACAGAGAAAGAAUUACCAAUAUACCCUUUCUUCCAAUGUAUCCUUUGAAGUUAAAAAGAUGCCAUAUAAAGUGCAGCCAGCAAAACACCCUGAGGGAAGCAUAGCAAUAAGAACAUCUGUCAUUUGGGCUACUCCAAAUAUCUCCUUUAUAAUCCCUUUAUGGGUUAUAAUACUAGCAAUACUUCUUGGAUUGUUGGUUCUGGCUAUUUUGACAUUAGGUUUGUGGAAGUGCGGCUUCUUUGACCGAGCUAGACCGCCUCAAGAUGAUAUGGCUGAUAAGGAGCAACUGACAAAUGACAAGACUACUGAUGCAUAAAAGAGGAGAGUGAAGUUUCCAUUCAGAGUCCCGCUCAAGACUAGAAAUUUGUAAAAGUGAAGGAUUUUUUCUACCAACAGUCUUCCGAUGAAAUUACAAGUGCCAUGAUGUUUUAAUCUGAUCUAUGCAACAUUUCUGAAAAUCACCACAUGAUGAUGAUCCUGGGCAGAAACCAGCCUUAUCACUGCCUUAAAAACAUAACCCAUCACUGUGCAAUUAAUUUUUAUAUCAUACUCCAAAUGUUUUUGAACGCAUGUGGUUUGUUUCAUCACUUUCAGAAUAACCCAAAUCUUGCAAGGAUGCAAUGGCUGUAUUGCUGUAUCAUCUAGUAGAUGGACCAGGACAAAACUAUCACACACUACUGUAUCAUGCAAAAUAUUUUGACACCUCCCUAUGGAUAAGAACAUUUAUGGAAUUGUGGCUCAGGGAGACAAGCAAUAUUUUGGUACUGUGAAAGUACUUCUGAAGCAGAAAGGUAGUCUCUAAUGGACUAUAUACUGGGGGCACAAUUUAUUUAUUUUCCCACCUUUCUGGGACGAGUAUCAGAUCUUAUCUUAGAUUCAGAGUUUUAGAGAAGUAAAUCAUAACAUAGAAAUCAUUUGCUUAUCUUGUAUGUAAGUAGAAGUGGCCUAUACAUUCAGAACAUUUUUUUGGCUGCAAGGGUGCUUUGGGGAGCAGGGGAAUUUAAAUAAUUGAAUUGAAAAGGGCAUGCAGUAAAAUAUUUUAAAGAUAUAUUGUACCUUUUUCAACCUGUAGAUGGCAGUACUAAAUUGAGUGGAUCAAAUCCAUUUUUGAUGUAAACUAGUGCAACAUCAGUUGACGCCUGUGGGAAUUUUUGUCCACUUUUUUGGCUAGGGCUGAAUAUCUCACCACUAUUUUUGGGUACUUAUUUUGUUAAAAUAGCCUCUUAAAAAUGCUACUUGCAUGUUUUGUUGAAUUCUUGAUUAUUUUGUCAGAGGUGACAACACUUGAUCUUUAAUGUUUUCUAAUUGUUUCACCAAGUUACAUUGUUGGGUUGAGUAUUUUGCAGUUAUCUCUUAUUACAAAGAGUCUUGCAGAGAAGGUGCACUGAAUUUGCAUUUAUAGAAGUGAGAUGCAAAUCAUUCAUUGUUGAGAUAACCCACCGAAGGAAAGACAUUGUGUUGUAAAGGAAAUAAAAAUGUUCCUUUGUUUCUCUGCUGCUUUUAAGAUCCAAAAGACUAGGUCCAUAAUUCACCAAUAACUCUUUCUGUAACAUUAGUGAAUGAACUUUCUUUAAAUUGGAUCCAUCCAACUAUAGAGCUGUGCAAACCAUCUGCAUAAAACCCAGGAUCAUCCUGUGCUUGAAAUUUGCUAUGUUUUGUGAAUCUGAGAGAAGGAUGUCCAUUUUCUGACACACACACACACACACACACACACCACUUUCAUUCUCCUUCCUCUUUCUAGCCAGUUUCCCUUCCCACUAUCUUAGUUUCCCAUCUUCAGGGAGGCCACUGGCCUCUUCUGAUUCAUCCUGUGACUUGGGCUUUUUCAGAUUGCUGGCAUCUGUCUUCAGGGCAGAGGCAACAGUAGGCGAGGUCACUACUGUCAAUUCCAAGAAUCUUUCAAAGGACAUGGAAGUAGUUCAUUUGGACAUCCCACUGUCUUAUUACAGCCAGCUCAUGGAUAGAUCACUAAACCUCAUGUCAGUAGCUAGAAAAUCUGAGUGCUAAAGUUCCCUUUUAAUGCCUUACAUCGGUCUGCAAGAAAAUCUUUUCUAGCCUUAUGGGUCAUUACCUAUCUGGAGGCAUAGGGAAUGGAGAGUUACCCCCAACUCUCUUGUUUUUUGAGGAGGUAAGAGAAGUGCUUUACCACACUCUGGAUCCUCCAAACCCUUGAGACUGGGGACAGCAGCCUGUGUUAGGAUGAUUUGCAUUGACCUCUUUCAAAACAAACUGCUGAAUUCAUUUCACAAAUUCCCUUGCAAACUACAUCCUGCAGGAAUCAUAUAUCUCUGCAUCCUCCACAUUUCAGAUAUAAUAAGAAAAAGUUCCUCUUUUGUAAAUAUUGAAUUGUGUGUAGUAAUUUCCAAAACAAGGCCAGCAGCCAAAUAAAUUCAUGACAUCUGCACAACACUUUCUCUGAUGAAAUAUUAUCAUUAAGAAAUACUGAACAUAUGACUUUUAUAUGUGCAAUACUUUAUAUUACCUAUGUACCUGAAGCAUGUUUACACUGGCAUUUGUGGUUGUUUUUUAAACUUUUGAAUAUAGUGAUUGAGUACAAUAAAAAAAGGACUAGAA